UCUGACGUCAUUGCGCUGCGACUCAAAUAACGGAGGGAGCCUAGACUCCCUGAGCCGCGGUGGGAGUGGCGGGCACCUGAAGCAGACCCUGAGAAACGGGAUUGUGGCAGACCAGAAUAAUUUAAAAAUGACCACGCCGAACAAGACACCUCCUGGUGCUGAUCCUAAACAGUUGGAAAGGACUGCGACAGUUAGGGAAAUCGGGUCCCAAGCUGUUUGGUCACUCUCAUCCUGCAAACCAGGGUUUGGAGUGGAUCAAUUACGAGAUGACAAUCUAGAAACAUAUUGGCAAUCUGACGGCUCUCAGCCUCAUUUAGUGAACAUCCAAUUCAGAAGAAAAACGACAGUGAAGACAUUGUGUAUUUAUGCAGACUAUAAAUCUGAUGAAAGCUACACUCCAAGCAAAAUCUCAGUCAGAGUAGGAAAUAAUUUUCACAACCUUCAAGAAAUUCGGCAACUUGAAUUGGUGGAACCAAGUGGCUGGAUUCAUGUUCCUUUAACUGACAAUCAUAAGAAACCAACUCGCACAUUCAUGAUACAGAUUGCUGUUCUAGCCAAUCAUCAAAAUGGAAGAGACACCCACAUGAGACAGAUUAAAAUAUACACACCAGUGGAAGAGAGCUCUAUUGGAAAAUUCCCCAGAUGCACGACCAUCGAUUUUAUGAUGUAUCGUUCAAUACGAUGACUUGAAAAUGUGGCAGAAGUGAAAUAGACAUUUGUUUUACCCUGUCAUUGAAUAUUACGUCAAGUAUCUUUAGUGGAAAAGCAUGUUUUACAAUUUUAUAUACAUUUAAAACAUUUUAAUUUAGAUAAAUGUAAUUUAGAUAAAUAACCUUUGGGUGAUGCCUGUUUUCUUUAUACAAUAAAGCUCAUAUAUUUUAUAUUGCUAAAAAUGA